AAAAGAAUUUUUGUCUUCAAAGUUUUUGAUAUCAUUUUAUUGCCAAUGGCAACAGCAAGUUCAUCUUAAGUAAAUUAUUGAAAGCUCUUCCUUCCAACGUUAAUUAAAACUAUAAUUUCAUUUAAUCUUCUUCAAAUAUUUAUCUAAAGAUUAUUUCUUUGUUUCCAUUUUAGAUUAAAUUUUAAGCAAGAAAGAAGAAGCAGAAAAGUUUGAGAUUUAUAAGAUUAAAUCAUCGUGGAAACAAUGAAACUACAACUGCAGGGUCUUUUAGUGUUGUGGAUUAUCUGCAUGACAAAUGGAGCUCCAUACUCAAAAUAUGGACGAUCCUGUAAGGAUAUUGGAUGCUUGCCGCGUGAAACCUGCGUAAUGGCCUACGAAAGCUGUUCAUUUAGUCAACAGGAGAACGUGAGUUGUGGCCGCUAUCCAACGUGCAAAAAGAACUCAGACGCCCAAAGCACGCAACAGAGCUCAGGCGCCAGUUACAAUCCAAACUACAAUACAGCGUCUGAAAAUACUCGUCCUUCAAAUGUCAACGUCAAUCCACCUCGGGCAGAAGCAAUCGAUCCAAACCUCGUAUUUGGCUUUCCAAGUAAUCCAAACAUUCAUCCUCAAAUGCCACCACAACAAAUUCCUUUAGAUAUCCCAAGAUUACCCGACAAUCGUCAAGCGUUCCCGGCCACACCAAAUCAAGGUGGUGGUAGUUACUACAAUCCAGGAUUGUAUCCUGCUCCCACUCCCCCGCCUAAUGUUUUCGGACCAUUCCGAAAUAAAAAUGUGGAGAAAUCGACGGAACCAAGUCUUUUGGAUCAAUUUUUAUAUAACAAAAGCCCACGAAAUCUUUCAACAAUCAACAACGCGAAUCUUAAUCUUACUUUAUUCAGUUUAUUGUUUUUAUUAAUUUAUCGUAUUAGAAAUAAUUUGGCUUGAAAUGGGAGCUUUUGAUUGGGUUCAUUAUACGAGCAUAAUUAUUUUUGAUAUCAUUUUAUUUUGUUUUGUGAAAUAUAGAAAGAGUUUGGGGCUAACGAUCGCUGUUCAAGAGUCGAUAAAAUUUCAUAGUUCGUUCGUCAGCAACGAACUCGUCGAGCUUGAUUCUUUUUUUCUUACAAGUAUUCUAUCUCAUAACGAUUAUACGACUCUAAUAGCGUUCGCUUGCCCUAAUCAAUAAAUCAUAAAAAAGAAGAAAAAUAAUAAUUUGCUUUGUACAAAAUGGUUUUUUUAUUGUUUCGACAAAUUUUUCUUUCUUCAUUUUCAAGUCCCUUCGACUUAUCGUAAUAUCUAAUUAUUUUCCCACCUCCACCCACAUUGUCCACGAUUAUCGAUUGCAGAUUUCACUCCCCUCUUACUUCAUUUUUUUUAUUAUCAUGGUCUCUCGUAAAACUGUGAAAGAGUUUCUUUGUUUCUGAAAUUCAAACCACCAGCAAAUUUCAGUGCCUGGGCUGUGCUGUAAGGAGAAAAUUGGUUUGCGAUUGAUUUUUCAAUUAAACGACGAAAAGGGUUUCUUUUAAAAGGAAACCAAAUAAGCCCUUCUUCGAUGAGAGAGAAGGAAUGGCAACGCUUAGCUUUCAAUAAUUUUGUUGAGUGAAGAAAUCUUUUUCGGAAGUUGUCUCAGGAAGCCAAUGAAUUUCCGGUCAACGACAGAAAAAAAAAGAUUUUCUCUCGUUUCAUGCACAUGAUGGUAUGACAUAAGAACAAAGCGAACGGUUUCAUCUGCAAUCUGACAGAAGGAAAAAAACUGCGAUGAUUUAUUGUACUUUUCAUACCAAACUGCACAGCGAUUCCAGUUAAAUGAUAAAUUUUUUUUAUUAACUUAAUUCUUCAAAACUCAGCGUUUCUCGCGUCUAUUCUUCUGUGCGUAAUUUAAUUAAUCAUAGAAGAAUUUUUUUCUUGACUUAUAAGGAAAAUUAAUCAUUUUCGGUCUUUUUUCCUUCAUUAUUGUGAAAAUAAAAAUGAUUGCACGUUUCCGUCUACAACCGAAUUUCGGGCGAUAAGUAAGCGAUGAAAAUCAAGGCACCACAAUUUUUCAUCCAACUCAGUCGUUAUUUAAGUCAUCAGGCAAUUUUCAUGUUCAUUCUUGUCAGAUGUGACUCUUUCUCAGAAAUCAGCACAAACAAACAAUGAAGAAUUGAAUCGAAUUUCUUAUAGAAAAUGAUUGAAGACGGUUUAGGAAUUCUACGAACGUGGGUGGUGGAAGAUAAAAAAAAAAGUUUAAUCAGCUAAUUGAGAAAUUUGUAAAUAAAAAAAAUCUAAAAUGGUGCUUAGGUUCAUUGUGAGUUUUAAGAUAAAAACAUAACUAUUUAGAAUUACGGUUGAGGUUUUUUAUUUUUAUCCUAUUUUGUUAGUCCAAGUUGAUGAAGAACGAAAAGCUUAGGGUUGAUAUGGAAAUGAAGGUACCUAAAAAAAUCUCUCUUGUAAAUUUAAAUAAAAAAAUCUUGACAGUUCACAUUACUAAAUCAGCUUAGCAUUUUAUUUAUUGUACAAUAUAAAAAUAUUCAUUGUAAACAACGUUUUGUAAGCUUUAUACAGUUCCAAAACUUGCAACCUCAUUUCCCUAUCAACCUAUAAGAAAAAUUUCGAAUUUAGAAUCCAAUUUUUAUUUUCAUCUUGAGAAGAGCCCGACAAAAGCUUCUUAAAAAAGCUUUCAAUACCCUCGUCAUAAUUUAGAUUUGCUGAAAGUUUUCGUUUUCCUGGAAUUUCUUUUUAAUAAACAUAAUAAUUCUAAGAAAAUGAAAAGUCUAAGCAUUUUUUUCAUGACGAAAAUAAAUAAUUGAAUGUAAAUAACGAUUAGGGACAGGCAUGAAAUUGCCAUUUAAUAUGUUAGAAACGAACUGAUCAAUAAAAAACUAAAAUUUUUCUCUUGCGGCGAGAUAAGUGUAAGAAGAAUAUAAGGAAUGCAUGUAAAGAAUAUUUUAUUUAAUUCUAAUUAAUUAACUUUAGCACUUUUUAAUGCAUAUUGAUUUUUAUGGUUUUAACUUUUAAUUUACUUUAGGGUUGUUAUAAUUAAUUACUAAAAAUUAACUCACAGGAUAUUAUUGUUUGCUUUUUUCUUGUUUUCUUUUCUUUAUUUAACGUUGUGGCUUUAAAUCCCUUUUCACUUCCCCUUCGAUGAAAAUAAAACCAAACCACACGAUAAAAAAAAGGUCCAACGUAUCCAUCCCGAACUCCAUCAGAUCCAAACGCAAGCGUGUGGAAUUUCCCAGCAACAACAAAAUAUACAACACAACGAACAACAACAACAACGACGACUACAACACGCCGGCCAUGGACGACUAAGUCACCCUUCUAUAAUCCUGCUAAUCCGUCUUAUAGUGGGGGCGGAGGAUACUAUGGCAAUCGUUAUGGUGACGAUACAACUUUUGGAGGAUUCUCUCGACCAACGACACGUUACACAACAAAACGACCAUCAUCAUCAGGCGGAUUUAGCAGCUUUUUCUCAGACUUUUCCAACAUAUUAUCAGGCGAUGUUGGUAAACUUAUCGGCGGAGCAUUGAGCAGUCGAGGUGGAAGUUCAGGGGGUGGGGGAUUUGGAAGCUUCUUUGGUGGUGGAGAUACUCGACCUUUAAUAGAAAAUAGAAAUUAUCGUGGUGGAUUAUUCAGUGAAAAUUCGGGAUCAAGCACCAACUAUAACGCAUAUCCAGUAACUCGUUAUGGUCAAGUUUCACCAUCAACACCGAAACCAUCUUCAGCAUCGCACGGCAACUUUGGAUGGAAGAUGACAUAAGACGCACCUUGUUACUUUCAUCAUCUCUGUUUAUUUUAAAAUAUUUCUCCUUUACAUUUAAUGACGUAAAUAAACAAAAUUCAUUCUAGAAUCUUAAUUAGAAAUUAAUGGAAAAACUUCUUUAGCAAAUUUAUUUCUUCGUUUUGUUGAAAAGAAAAGAUAAAUUUAAUGACGAAAGUCUGUUAUUUGGAGCUUGUUUUGCUACUGAAAAUAUUGUUAAUUAUUCAAACAAUUUUAUGUUAAUUUUCACACGUUCGCAGAAUAUUAAAAUAAGAUCAGAAGAUAUAUCACUCUGAUGUUGCUAAAUGUGUUUUGAUUUUUUCCUCCCCUUUCACACAUAACGUUUCCCUUUUAACUUUAGCGGUUGGAGCUCAUAAAGCACUCUGUAAUUAUUUAGAUUGGAAGGUGUAAGGUGGAGUUGUGUGAACUGAUUUUCAAUACUGUAAGGAAGAUGAUAAUCAAGAGCUUCACACUCAUAAAACGUGUGUCGACCCAGAAAAAGUUUACAUUUAUCAUUGAGAAUGAGAGGCUUCAAGUUUUAAAAGUAACAAACAAAAAAGAAGAAAGUAAGAAAAAGGGGGAAAGGCUUUCGCACACAAAUGGCAAUGAUUUAUGCGAUAAAACAUGUUUAAUUUGCUACUUUUCCUUUCCGUUAUUGUUUACGAUUUCACUCCUACGUAAUAAAGAAAUGGAAACUUUUUCUUUCUCUUUUUUUUAUUCUGUUAUUUCCUCUGCUUUGUAAAGUUUUGUAAUUUUUCUCUCGAGCUUGGGGUAAAGUCAAAUACCUACAUUUAAAUGAAAAUAAAAAAAAAAGUUUUCAACCCUCACGACCCCCAUAGCGACGUUUUGUGGAAGAUAUUUAGCCUCGAAGACUUCCACUUUUGAAAUGAUAAUCAGAUUUAAAUGAAGCAUUGGCACAAUGCAAAAAUAUUUGAAAGUUUUUACAUUUUCCAACUUGAGAUACGAUCCCGAAAAAAAAGAAAAAAUAAACAAAUUGGUACUAAAUGCUGCCUGAAUUGUAGCAGCUUUCGGGAAGAGAAGAAUUCACAUUUAAUUAAAUUAAAAAUUUGUAAAUUGAAAGUUUAUGAUGAAAAGUUCUGUUGAGGGUAAUUAAAAUAAUCAUAAAAAUAACUAUCGAAGUUAAACACACUUCUCAUAAAAUCUUCAUUAGAGUCAUUUACUAAACGCUUACUUCCUUUAUUUGUGGCAUUGAUCGAAGACUAAAUGAGAAGCAUUAAAAAAAACCUCAAGCAAUAUCAAGGAAUAAGAAGAAAAUGUCGCAAAAACAAAAUUAAUGGAUAAAUGUCGACGUAACUGUCGAUCACAUACAUCAAAAAAUUCAAAGCUUUCAGGAAAGCAAAAACCGGAAAAAACUACAGGAAUUAAACGAAUGAUGAAUUUUUCAUUUCCAUUGCAUGAAAAAUUAAUACUUUUUAUCACAUAAAAACCAUGUUGUUUAUUUCCCAACACAAAAGUAAUAAAGAAAAACUAUUUGAAGAACAUGAUGUAAAAAUAUUAUGAUUAAUAAAAAAUAAAUUAUACAAUCAAUCAUAAGCUAAAGGCAA